AUUGUUCAAUUCCCACCUAUGAGUGAGAACAUGCGGUGUUUGGUUUUUUCAAGCCCUGUUCUUGCGGCCCUUCUGAAGCUCAGCCUGGCUCCUGCCCCGGCGCCCCAGCCCCUGGCCAAGCCUCUGCUGUCAUUUCUCCUCCCACCUCUCAGUCUGCAGCUGCUGGACGGGCCGGGCUCCUCAGUUUCUGCUGUGUUGUGACCCCACAAGGCGCUCAGCACCCAGGGAAGGCGGGUGUGUCCCUGAUGCUGGCUCCUCCCUGAGCCCCGAUGGCUCUUGACGUUCUGAGCCUGUGGCCUGCACACGGAACUUCCUCUCCGACUGCAUUUAUGCCUCUGCGGAUGUGAAGGCUGUUUCUAGAAAUCUCUUCCUUUGCAGAAACACCCGAAACCCUCCUGCCAGGAGGACCAGGGCCUGGGAAGAGGGUGGCUCUCCGGCCGUUCUCCCCUCACCCUUCUCGCCUUCCUCACAACCUGUGCCCUGGGGGACUAGCAGCUGCUUCCACCCAGGUGAGAGAUCAAGGGAUUGCGGAGCCUCGGAGACUGUGGGACGCCAUGGGACAGGACCGCAGUGCAUGUGUGACAUGUGCACACGUGUGUAGAUGUGCGUGCGCUGAUGCAUAGCUGUGGGGGAGGAUGGGCUUGGCACCGGGGAGGCAGCCUGCUCAGCCAUGGGAGAGGAGGCUGCCUGUGGGAUUGAAUCGCAGGGACCCUGGGAAGCUUUCCUCCUGAUCCAAAGCGUGUCUCCCCAGCCUGCUGGGGAGUAGAUUCGGCAGGACGGGGACAGAGGCACAUUCCCAGACAUCUGUGAGAGUGGCUGUCCUAAGAGAAGGCGUGUCGGGGAGUGGGUGUGAGCCCUGAAGAGGAGGAGGGCUGAGACUGGCAGAAGGGAGGAAGAAGCAGGCGGAAGGAGCCUGUCAGAAGCCCCAUGAAGCUAGAUGGUGCUGCAGAGCAGCCCCCAGGAGGAAGCCAGCGGAGCUCCUCCCGCAAAGCGGGGGGUGGGGGAUGCUGAUUUUUCCACGUCUGCUUUUCUGAUCUUUCCUGCCCCUUGCACAGUUAGGAUUCUGUGAACUGGGCAUUGGAGGGGUCAAGACCUUACCAAAAGCAAUAUUUCACCUACAUUUCAGCCAACCUGGUCCUCAGCAGUUAACCCCUUCUCUUCCUCUUGAUGGUUGCCCUGCUGGGCUGGGCCUAAGAUCUUCCCCACGCCGGGCUCUGGAGGCAUCUCCGACCACCCUGCUCUAACCAGCAGGAGCCUGUGUCAGGAAAGCAUGUCAGAGCAGAGCUGCCAGAUGUCCGAACUGCGGCUCCUCCUCCUGGGGAAAUGCCGCUCGGGAAAAAGUGCCACAGGAAAUGCCAUUCUGGGCAAAGAUGUGUUCAAGUCCAAGUUCAGUGAUCAGAUAGUGACCAAAAUGUGCCAGAGAGAGAGUCAGAUCCUGACAGAAAGGAAGGUUGUGGUCAUUGACACCCCUGACCUUUUCUCCUCAAUAUCUUGUGCUGAAGACAAGCAACGCAACAUCCAACGCUGCUUGGAGCUCUCUGCCCCCAGCCUCCAUGCUCUACUCUUGGUAAUUGCCAUCGGCCAUUUCACAAGGGAGGAUGAGGAAACAGCCAAGGGCAUCCAACAAGUGUUUGGAGCUGAAGCCAGGAGGCACAUCAUUAUUAUCUUCACUCGGAAGGAUGAUUUGGGGGAUGACUUGCUGCAAGAUUUCAUUGAAAACAACAAACCUCUCAAGCAGUUGGUUCAAGACUGUGAGGGCCGAUACUGCAUUUUCAACAACAAGACCGACAGUAAGGAUGAGCAGAUCACCCAGGUGUCACAGCUCCUUCGCAAGGUUGAGUCUUUGGUGAACACGAACGGAGGACCCUAUCAUGUGAACUUCAAAACUGAAGGCAGCAGGUUUCAAGAUUGUGUGAAUGAAGCUGCAUCUCAAGAGGGAGACAAGCCACAUGGCCCAAGGGAGAGGCAGCUGCAGUCCACAGGACCCAAGCAGAAUCCGGGGACAUCAGAACUGACAGUCCUCCUUGUGGGGAGACGCGGUGCUGGAAAAAGUGCAGCAGGAAACAGCAUUCUGGGGAGACGGGCCUUUCAGACCGGAUUUAGUGAGCAAUCAGUAACCCAGAGCUUCUUGUCUGAAAGCAGAAGCUGGAGAGAAAAGAAAGUUUCGAUCAUUGAUACUCCGGACAUCUCAUCUUUAAAGAACAUUGACUCAGAAGUUAGAAAACACAUCUGUACAGGCCCCCAUGCCUUCCUGCUGGUGACACCACUGGGCUUUUACACUAAGAAUGAUGAGGCAGUGCUGAGCACCAUCCAAAGCAAUUUUGGAGAAAAAUUCUUUGAGUACAUGAUCAUACUUCUUACCAGGAAAGAAGAUUUAGGGGAUCGGGAUCUAGAUACGUUCUUAAGAAACAGCAAUAAAGCUCUCUAUUGUCUCAUCCAGAAGUGUAAAAACAGAUAUAGUGUCUUCAACUACCGGGCAACAGGAGAAGAAGAGCAAAGGCAGGUGGACGAGCUCCUGGAAAAGAUUGAGAGCAUGGUGCAUCAGAAUGGGAACAAGCAUUGUGUUUUCAGAGAAAAAGAAACCCUGAACAUUGUCCUUGUGGGGAGAAGUGGGACUGGGAAGAGUGCGACCGGGAACUCUAUCCUAGGGAGGCUUGUCUUCACCUCUCGGCUCCGGGCCCAGCCAGUCACCAAGACCAGCCAGAGUGGCAGGAGGACCUGGGACGGACAGGAGGUGGUGGUUGUGGACACUCCUUCCUUCAACCAGAAGCUGGAUGUCGAAAAGGACCCACCCCGGUUAGAAGAGGAGGUCAAGCGCUGUUUGUCCUGCUGGGAAAAAGGGGACACAUUUUUUGUCCUGGUGUUCCAGCUGGGACGAUUCACUGAAGAGGACAAAAUAGCGGUGGCGAAACUGGAGGCCAUCUUUGGAGCAGACUUUAUGAAAUACACGAUUAUGCUGUUCACCCGGAAGGAAGACCUAGGGACGGGGAAUUUGGAAGACUUCAUCAAGAAUUCAGAUAACAAAGCCCUUCAGAGCAUUUUUAAAAAGUGUGGGCGGCGAGUUUGUGCUUUUAACAACAAAGAAACAGGCCAGGCCCAGGAAACCCAGGUGAAAGCUCUUUUAACAAAGGUCAAUGAUCUGAGAAAGGAAAGUGGGUGGUCCGGGUAUCCCCAUACACAGGAAAACGUCAGCAAACUAAUUAAAAAUGCCCAGGAAAUGUCCCAAGCCAAAAAACUCCUUAAAAAUUUAAAAGGUAUUUUACAAUAGGUAGCCGAAGUGCCUGGGGUCUCUUCAAUUAGAGACACCCUCAGGUUGGGGGGAGGGGCGGGGCAUGGUACAACUUGUGGGAAGGGAAGAGGGUUCAUGACUUUGAGGGCCUGAGAGGCAAAUGCGUCCCGCCUUGUGAUGUAUCAGCUAUUUGUAGAUAAAUAAAUUGCAGGCGGGGGCGAAUAGUAGGGGAUUAUAAAGGAGAAAGAAGAUACAAGGUGGGGAAAUCUGGAAAAAGGUUUCAGACAUUAGGCUGAUAAUAAGUGGCAGAAUCAAGUCACAAGAAUCACCUCACCUGUGUAGGUAGGUUGGAAUCGGGAUAGACACCGUGAUCAAGGCUGAGGCCACCUGGGAUCAGAAUACACAUAGUCAUACAACAACCUAGGGGAUCCAGAUGCAUGAGACCAGGGCAGCGUUCAGCACACUCCUGGGCAUGGCGGAAGUGGGAAGCAGACUCCAGAGGGCCUCCCUGUUGUCCAGGGCUGUUGGCUUCCUGAGCUCUCCUGUCUCCUUUGGGAUGCGACUCAGGGCUAGAGUGUUCCUUUCUUCACAUGGUAGCCAUUCCUUACGGCUCUUCACGUUCCGCGCCUAGAUGUGAAGUGGGACAUAGUCUUCUAUUGCUGGCUGUCCCUGAGGAAACAGACAUGAGUCUUGGAGGUUCUGAAUGAUUUUAUUGCUAAUUAUCACAGUGACAUAGACUAGAACAGAAAUUAGAAGCACAGUAAGAUUGCCAAAAUCAGGGAAUCUUGCAAAGUUCUAUAAUUCUGAGUGUUGUUCUAGAUUUCCUCUAGAGAAGGUUAUUAGAAUCUCCAUUGUGUUUCUCUUUCUCCCUCUCUUUCCCCUGAGGUGAGGAAACAGGUUAAAACUCAGAGAACUCCAAUAAUAAUGGUUUAAAAACAUCAGGGGCUUCCUGUAUCUCCUGCAGGAAGCCAAGGAGUAAGCAGUCUGGGGCUGGUGGGCGUCAACAUCCCAGUUUUGUUCUAUCUUUCUGUCCCACCUGCACUGGGAUGUGGCUUCUACACUCGAGUUUGCUUCUUGAUUUCAAGACAGUGGUGUUCUUUCCAUAGCUGAGCAGAUUAUUUUGAGAGGUGGAUGAUAUGUGAGAGAGAAAUCUGGAACCUUCUUCUGGGUAGAUACAGGGUAAGAUGUUUUAAAUGUUGAGCACUUUGUACAUGCCUUGAGAGCAUAAUCUUUGUCAUCUGUUUUUUUCCCCUAGACAAUAUCAGGUUACCGUCAACAUUAAUCUAUUUAAAAGGGCAUGGACUGUUGCCAUUAAUAAUUUUGGAUUCCAUAUAACCCUUAAGAUGAUAACUUCUAGAAAAUGUGUAUGCCAUAGACACAAAGAAGGGAACAAUAGACACCAGGGUAUACUUGAGGGUGGAGGGUGGCAGGAGGGUGAAGAUUGAAAAGCUGCCUAUUGCGUGUUAUGCUGGUUUCCUGGGUGACAAAAUUACCUGUACACCACAUCCCUGUGACACACAACUUACCCAUGUAACAAACCUGUGCAUGUACCCCUUGAACCUGAAAUAAAAGUUGGAAAGUAAAAAAAAAGUGUUUAAAUAUAUUUAGUUGAAUCAAAUAAUAAAGAUGAAUCAGAUUAUGAAUUCA